AUACUGCUAACGCAUACAAUUUUGGAGAGAGUGAACAAUUUCUUGGAGAAUAUAUAGCCGAUAAACGUUCUCAAGUUGUAAUCGCCACAAAAUAUACUGAAAAUUCUACCGCUUUAAUGCCAAAUGUCAGAUAUAACCCAAAUGCUGGUGGAAAUCAUCGCAAAUCUCUUGUUGAAAACCUCGAUCAAAGCCUUAAACGACUAGGAACUGGAUAUAUUGAUCUCAUGUAUGUUCAUAUGUGGGAAUUUCGUACUCCUAUUGAAGAAGUAAUGCGUUCUUUAGAUGAUGUUGUUAGAAGUGGCAAGGUGCUUUAUAUCGCGAUUAGCAAUGCACCAGCAUGGGUGGUUAGCCGUGCGAAUACGAUGGCUGAAUUGCGUGGUUGGAGUCAAUUUGUUGGGUUGCAAACGCGAUAUAAUUUAUUAAAUCGAUCUUUGGAACAAGAUAUACAAACUGCUUGUGCUGAACAUGAUGUUGGAAUUAUUCCUUGGGGAUGUAUCGCUGAAGGGUUCUUGACCGGAAAAUAUACUAGAGAAUUAGCUGCUAACCUAGAAAUGCCUGAUACUAUGAGAAGUCAACGUGUUAAAUCAAUUAAAAGAUUAGCUGAAAAUGAACAAAAUUGGAAAAUCUUUGAUGAAGUUACAUCUAUCGCUGCCGAAACCAAGAAAACUCCUGUUCAG